AUGUACAAUCGGUUACAAAAUCUGAAACAGGGUUCUCGCACAGUCGACGACUACGCAGAUGAAUUCUUCUUGCUAAUCACGAGGAAUGAGGUUUUUGAUAGUGAACUUCAGUUGGUUUCUCGUUUCAUCGGUGGUUUGCGACCUCAACUCCAGAAUUCGUUGAAUCAAUUUGAUCCUACAACCAUUGCUGAAGCCCAUCGAAGAGUUGUUGCUUUCGAACAACAGUUCAAAGCGAAUACAUCUUGGAAUCCGGCCAGUCGCACUCGCAGCUUUGGAGGUAUCAACGGAGAUAAUGUGAAAACCCAACCUCUGGGAAAAGAAGUGGAAGGUGCAGGCAGCUCGAACACUGCACCACCGGAGGCUCCUAAUCUGUGCCGUUCCACACGACCUAAUGCUUUGCGAUGUUUCACUUGUGGUGAACAGGGGCAUCUCAUGACCGCUUGUCCUCAGAAGACUCGUCGUGGCUUGUUGAUGGACGAAGUCGUAUGGGACGAUGAAGGUGUCGAGCAGGGGGACGAAGGUGACGUCUUGGAAGAGGAUCAUCAUACGGGAGACAGAGGAGCUUUACUUGUUGCACGAGUUUGCUUGGCACCUACGGUGUGUGAGGAUCCGUGGCUACGUACAAACAUUUUCCAAUCGGCCUGCACCAUUAAAGGCAAGGUUUGUCGCUUUUUCGUUGACUCUGGUAGUAGUCGUAAUGUGGUGUCUGAGGAGGCGGUAAAGAAGUUAGGGCUGCAACGAGAGGUUCACCCGAUACCAUACAAGCUCAUGUGGCUCAAUAAAGGGAUAGAUAUUCGUAUCUCCCAACGGGCUUUGUACGAUCAUGAGGUGUCACAUAACGGGAAGACUAAUGUUUAUAGUUUUGUCUUUGAUAACAGACGCAUUGUGUUGUUACCAAACCCGGAUCCGCCUUUGUUACCAGCUAGUACGCCGGGAAAAGAUGGUGUCGGCAAAGAGGUAGUAGUUUCGCUAGGGGAUAAGGUGUUGUUUUUUCCUUUAACUGCGUUUGUGGAAGAGUUCAAGGACACGGGUUUUGCGGUCGUGUUACUGUCGGCUGGCAGUACUCCGAGCAUUGUCACACCGUUAGCACCAUGGGGGCUUCCUCCUCUACGAGAUUUACAAUAUCAGAUUGAUUUCUCUCCUGGAGCAGAUCUCCCUAACAGACCACAUUACCGAAUGAGCCCGCAGGAGCAUGAAGAGCUACGAAGACAGGUUGAAGAUCUUGUCGCUAAAGGGCAUGUGCGUGAGAGUUUAAGUCCGUGCGCGGUCCCUGCACUCCUUAUUCCUAAGAAGGACGGUUCAUGGCGAAUGUGCAUAGACAGUCGUGCUAUCAACAAGAUAACCAUUCGUUAUCGGUUCCCUAUUCCACGACUAGAUGAUUUUCUGGAUCAAAUUGGGACUGCUACAAUUUUUUUGAAGCUAGAUUUAAAGAGUGGUUACCAUCAAAUUCGUAUUCGUCCUGGUGAUGAGUGGAAAAUGGCUUUUAAGACGCGGGAAGGACUAUUUGAAUGGUUGGUAAUGCCCUUUGGUCUCUCUAAUGCACCAAGUACUUUUAUGCGGGUGAUGAAUCAAGCAUUGCGUCCUUUUAUUGGUAAGUCUGUGGUUGUAUACUUUGACGACAUAUUGAUUUUUAGCUCGUCGGUAACAGCUCAUCAAGAUCAUCUUCGUCAAGAAAGUUAUUUUGUGGCAAGACAAAAGUGUGAGUUGGGAGUCACUAGUGUGUUGUUCCUUGGUUAUGUAGUUUCGUCGAAUGGUCUCUCCAUGGACGUGAGCAAGGUCGAGACCAUUAAAUCUUGGCCGGUGCCAAAGAAUGUUACAAAGGUGCAUAGUUUUCAUGGCUUGGCGUCGUUUUAUAGACGUUUUGUUCCUCAUUUUAGUUCUAUUAUGGCUCCUUUGACGGAUUGUAUGAGAGACGGCAAGUUUGUUUGGUCGGUAGAAGCUCAAGACGCCUUUGAUUUAGUGAAGCAUAAGUUAACAUCUGCACCUAUUUUGGUCCUUCCGGACUUUGAACUACCCUUUGAACUCCACUGUGAUGCUUCGAAACUUGGUAUUGGUGCGGUUCUUAGCCAACAGUCUCGUCCAGUGGCUUAUUUUAGUGAGAAACUGUCGGGAGCCCGGAGUCGCUAUAGUACCUACGAUGUUGAAUUCUAUGUUGUGGUCAAAGUCUCUGCACGUCAUGCAUCAUGGAUUUCUUAUUUGCAACAGUUUACAUUCUCCAUACGUCAGAAAGCCGGAAAAUUGAAUCACGUCGCAAAUGCUUUAAGUCGCCGUCACACUUUGUUGACGACAAUGCAUGUUGUUGUGCCGGGUUUUGCUUCCUUCACAGAGCUUUAUGUGACUGACCCUUUCUUUAGUUCCAUCUUGGCAGACGUAACCAACGGUUUGCGACUUAAGAUGAUUGAAGAACUGCAUUCGGAGGGUCAUGUCGGACGUGAUAGAACGUUACAAUUGGUUUCUGCUUCUUAUUAUUGGCCUUCACUAAGACGGAAUGUGGAGAGAUGUGUUGAACGUUGUCGUGCUUGUCAAUUGGCCAAAGGUACAACGUCCAAUGCUGUUUUAUAUCUUCCUCUUCCUAUUCCUACAAAACCUUGGACAGAUGUGAGUAUGGAUUUCAUCCUUGGAAUUCCACGGACACAGAAGGAAAACGAUUCAAUCUUUGUGGUUGUUGAUCGUUUUUCGAAAAUGGCUCAUUUUGUGUCUUGCAAGAAGACGACGGAUGUGGGAUACGAGAUUUUUAAGCCAUUUUUGGAGGUCACUUUGGAAACUGCUUCAUACGAGUCUGGACAUGAGUACCGCUUAUCAUCCUCAAACAUAUGGUCAAACGGAAGUGACCAAUUGUGCUUUGGUUCCGGUUUCAGUCCUUUUGAGGUUGUGUAUAGUUUGCUUCCACGAGGUCCUUUGGAGUUGUUGGCAGUGCCUGACCUGCGUCGCUUUCAUGGUCGUGUUGUGGAUUUUGUUGACGCAUUGAAGGAGACACAUCAACAAGCUUGUAAUCAGCUUGAGUUGUCGGCUCGGCAUUACAAAGACAAGGCGGAUGCUAAAAGGUGGGAGCUAGUUUUUCAACCGGGUGAUAAGGUGUGGGUGGUGCUAAUUCGAGACCGGAUGCCUGCUCUUGAAUACAAUCAGCUUCGUUCACGAAAUAUUGGUCCUGUUGAAGUUCUCGAGCGUAUCAAUGACAAUGCUUAUCGUUUGCUCUUGCCAUCGCAUAUGAAGACAUCCAACGUAUUCAAUGUCAAGUUUCUGUCUAAAUUUCGGGGUGACAACAAGGAUCCAGAUUCAGAGACGAAUCUUUUCAAACCCAGAGGGACCUGA